AUGGCCGCCCGCUCGUUUUCCAUUGGGUUGUAUUCUGGAGAUCUGUGUGGAUGUGUCAGAAGCGUAAAGCAAUCCUGGACAACAUGGCUGACAAAACUAACGAAAUAUUACACAUUUUGCAUUGUAAAAUUUCUCCCCCUCCAUGCCUUUUUGAACACUUUCCACAGCUCCGCGACCCUUCCCAUCACAUUCCGUUGCUUAGAGGAGAACAACAAAGUCGACAAGAGAGUGACCAGGUUCGUGCUUCCUGUGGGAGCCACUAUCAACAUGGACGGCACGGCGCUCUACGAGGCUGUUGGGUCGAUCUUUAUAGCCCAGAUGUACGGCAUCCAUCUCGGACCCGGAGAGCUCAUCACGGUCAGUCUAACCUCGACCCUGGCUAGUAUUGGUGCUGCCAGUAUUCCCAGCGCUGGAUUGGUAACGAUGCUGCUUGUACUUACUGCGCUUGGUCUGCCAACAGAGAAUGUCUCUCUCAUUUUCGCCGUUGACUGGAUCCUCGAUCGCGUCCGAACAUCCAUCAAUGUCCUUGGCGACGCCUUCGGAGCGGCCAUCGUAGAGCACCUGUGCAAGGAGGAACUGGAGCGCAUGGGUCCCGCACAGCCCUCGAUCGAAAUGCUGGACCGCGUGGAGUCGGGUAUGAUUCCGACACACACGCCCAUGGCCGCUUCCCCUCAACCGACCCUCGCCUCCCCCAUUCAGGGCGGCCCCCCGAAGGACCUAGUGGCAAUGGCAGACAAGGGGAAUGGGCAGCUGUCUUGGGGCAACAACCCUGACAAGAGCCCCAACUCCGAAACCCAGAUAUAGGCGUUUGUUUAGCGGCGUUUCUAGGCAUCACUUUUCCCUUAAUAUAUUUGCGUCUGAUUCCAUGGAAAGCAGAUUCU